AUGAUGGAAUCGAAUUUCUCAAGGAUGGUCAACGGUUUCGAGUAUUAUGAUGUGAGCUUCUUGCCGAAUCCAAUUCCCGAUCUCGGAUUCGGCGUUCCUUCGUCGAGCGAUUUCGAUCUCCGCAACGAUUCAAUCUGGGUUCCAACAACACAAGAUCAAGAUCAUCAGCAAUACUCUCCUACAGCUGAUGAGAUCGAUUCCGAAAACACCCUUUUGAAAUACGUAAACCAGCUCCUCAUGGAAGAGAGUAUCGCGGGAAAGCAAGCUAUCUUCUACGAUUCGUUGGCCCUGCGACAAACCGAAGAAAUGUUGCAGCAAGUCAUCAGCGACUCCCAGGCUCAAUCUUACGUCGUUCCCAGGUCGAUUAGUAGUAGCAGUGCUAGUGGUGAUUACUGGAGCAGUAACAGCAGUUCUAGUGUCCGAGUCGAGACAGCAGCUAGUUCUAGCGAGAGUGAAGUGUUGUAUGACCAUCCUCUUGGCGAUUCUGGCGUUGUGUCGUUUCAAGGGCCAAACGCGUCGCGUGGAGGCGGUGGAUUCGGGCAGCCAGGGAAUGAGAUUCUUGUCAGGAGUAUGUUUAGUGAUGCGGAGUCAGUUAUGCAGUUCAAGAGAGGGCUAGAGGAAGCUAGCAAGUUUCUUCCAAACACCGAUCAAUGGAUCUUCAAUCUCGAGCAUGAGAGCAAACAAGAAGUGGUUUCGGUGAAAGAAGAGAAAGUGGCGACGUUGUCCGGUGUCACGAGAGCUAAGAAGAAUCAUCACGAGCGGGAAGAAGAAGACGAUCUAGAGGAAACUAGGAGCAGUAAGCAAUCAGCAGCGAAUGUAGAAGAUGGUAAGUUAACAGAGCUGUUCGAUAAUGUUCUGCUUGAUUGCCAAUCCGAUCCGCAGAUUAUCGAAGACGGCGAGAAUGGUUCAAGCAAGGCUCGGAGUAAGAAAGAAGGAGGCCGUGGGAGAAAGAAGAGCCAAGCGGUUGAUUUCCGAACGCUUCUCACGCUAUGCGCACAGUCGAUUUCCGCAGGGGAUAAGAUUACAGCUGAUGAUCUGCUGAGGCAGAUACGGAAGCAGUGCUCGCCUCUUGGUGAUGCGUCGCAGAGACUUGCUCAUUUCUUUGCCAAUGCGCUCGAGGCUCGUCUUGAAGGAAGCACCGGAACCAUGAUCCAGAGCUAUUACGAUUCCAUCACCUCCAAGAAACGAACAGCUGCUGAGACUCUUAAAUCCUACAAAGUGUUCUUGUCUUCCUCUCCGUUCAUGACUUUGAUCUAUUUCUUCUCCAACAAAAUGAUUCUUGAUGCUGCCAAAGAUGCCUCGGUUCUCCAUAUAAUCGAUUUCGGGAUUCUUUACGGUUUCCAGUGGCCUAUGUUUAUACAGCGCAUGUCAAAGAGCAAAACCGGUCCACGGAAACUGAGGAUCACCGGAAUCGAGCUUCCUCAGAACGGGUUUCGUCCAACCGAAAGGAUAGAGAAUACGGGUCGGAGACUUACAGAGUAUUGCAGACGGUUUGGAGUUCCGUUUGAGUACAACGCAAUCGCGUCCAAGAACUGGGAAACAAUCCGGAUGGAGGAGUUCAAGAUCCGACCAAACGAAGUUCUUGCGGUUAACAACGUGCUCCGGUUCAAAAACCUUCGAGACGUGACUCCAGGACAAGAGGACUGCCCGAGGGACGGAUUCCUAAAACUGAUCAGAGACAUGAACCCUGACGUUUUCCUCAGCAACACGAUCAACGGGUCUUUCAACGCCCCGUUCUUCACCACGCGGUUCAAAGAAGCUCUGUUUCAUUACUCGGCGCUCUUCGACAUGUUUGGCUCCACUCUAUCCCGAGAGAACCCGGAGAGGAUUCACUUCGAAGGGGAGUUUUACGGGAGGGAAGUGAUGAAUGUGAUAGCGUGUGAAGGAGUGGAUAGGGUCGAGAGACCCGAGACUUACAAGCAGUGGCAAGUGAGGAUGGUGAGGGCUGGGUUCAAGCAGAAACCUGUGGAGGCAGAGCUUGUGGAGUCGUUCAGGGAAAAGAUGAAGAAGUGGGGUUACCAUAAAGACUUUGUGCUUGAUGAAGAUUGUAAUUGGUUCUUGCAAGGUUGGAAAGGUCGCAUCCUAUUCUCUUCUUCUUGUUGGGUCCCUUCUUAG